GUUGGCAGGCUUUUUGGCAUCUACAAGAUGUUUAAAUAAGUUGGCAUCAAUCUCAAUUUGCAGCUCAUUCUGUUCUGAGUGAUUGACAAGGGUAAAUUAUCUUAUUAAGCGAAGUUCAGUAGCUGAAGUUCUUCGACGUUCAUUCAGCUCAGCUUCACAUUCCAAAAUGCCGAUCCAGAAAAUUCACGCCAGACAGAUCUUCGACUCCCGUGGCAACCCCACGGUUGAGGUGGACCUGGUGACAGAGUUGGGGCUGUUCAGAGCUGCUGUACCUUCCGGUGCCUCCACGGGUAUCUACGAGGCUCUGGAGAUGAGAGACAAUGACAAGGGUAGCUACCAUGGCAAGGGAGUUCUCAAGGCAGUGGCCAACAUCAAUGAGCAGAUCGCUCCAGCUCUCCUCAAGGCCGGCCUUGAAGUGACCCAGCAGAAGGAGAUUGACCAGUUCAUGUUGAAGCUGGACGGAACAGAGAACAAGAGCAAGUUCGGAGCCAACGCCAUCCUGGGAGUGUCUCUGGCCGUGUGCAAGGCUGGGGCUGCCAAGAAGGGGAUCCCUCUGUACAAGUACAUUGCUGAGCUUGCUGGUAACAGCAACAUUGUUCUGCCUGUCCCAGCAUUCAACGUCAUCAAUGGCGGCUCUCACGCUGGCAACAAGCUGGCCAUGCAGGAGUUCAUGAUCCUCCCUACAGGAGCAACUUCCUUCACCGAGGCCAUGAAGAUGGGCUCCGAGGUGUACCAUCACCUCAAGAAGGUGAUCCACACCAAGUUCGGUCUGGACGCGACAGCCGUGGGAGACGAGGGAGGUUUCGCACCUAACAUCCUGGACAACCACGAGGGUCUGGCUUUGAUCCAGGAGGCCAUUGAGAAGGCCGGCUACAAGGGCAAGAUUGACAUCGGUAUGGACGUCGCUGCAUCAGAGUUCUACAAGGAUGGCAAGUACGAUCUGGACUUCAAGAACCCCAGCUCUGACAAGAGCAAGUGGAUUGACGCCGCAGAGCUGACUGGGAUCUACCAGGGAUUCAUCAAGGACUUCCCCAUCGUCAGUAUUGAGGACCCCUUUGACCAGGACCACUGGGAAGCCUGGAGCAACAUCACAGCCCAGACCAACAUCCAGAUUGUCGGUGACGACUUGACAGUGACCAACCCCAAACGUAUCCAGACGGCCAUUGAGAAGAAGGCCUGCAACUGUCUGCUACUCAAGGUCAAUCAGAUCGGCUCUGUCACCGAGAGUAUCGAGGCUCACCUAUUGGCCAAGAAGAACGGCUGGGGCACCAUGGUGUCACACAGGUCUGGCGAGACUGAGGACUCCUUCAUCGCUGACCUGGUCGUCGGGCUCAGCACUGGACAGAUCAAGACCGGAGCUCCGUGCCGUUCUGAGCGUCUGGCCAAGUACAACCAGAUCCUUCGUAUCGAGGAGGAGCUCGGUGCCGCAGCUAAGUACGCUGGCAAGAACUACCGCCAGCCUUCGUAGACGACUCACAACUGAGCACAACUCAUACGCAACCGUAUGAAUCCACUGCCAGCGUGGUAUAUUAUCUUUUUUUUAUUUGCACAGGGUCGUCAAAUAACUGAACAAUUAUUUUUUAUCAGCUACAUAAGUUUAAAAUUUUUGUUUAAAGAAAGACAAUAACUUUAGAGACUUCAAACCGACAGCUUUGUUUAAUCUAAGUCCUAGUUACUCGUAUGAUUUCGUGAAAAAAAUGUAUUAGAUGUAUAUCUUGAAGUUGUAUGUAUGUUGAAUCGUGUGAAUAAAGUUUUGAAUGUUGUUAAA